UAUAUCACAAAAAUAUAAUUAUGUUAUUUUGGAUUGGGGUACCUAAAGUCCCGACGCCUAAAUAAUUCGCAAGUUGUUGAAUAUACGUAUAAGUUAAUUUAAAAUAUAUCUAUAUGCAUGGAAUGUUUGUUUCGUCUGAAUAACUAAUUAAAUAGGCGUACGAUAAAUUACAACGCCAAGAAAAAUAACAAGGCUUACUUCAGCCAAGUAAACAAGUCAACAACAAAAAAGUGCAUAACGAAACUGAAAGUGUUCAAGGGCGUACGCCAUUUUAAAGGCGGAGGGGAACGAAGAGGGACUAAAAGAAGGAAUAAAACCGAAUAAAAGAACGGAGUCAGCUAAUUUGGGUUAAAACCCACUUGCGGUCUAAACUGGUCUGUAGUGUUCCAGUCUCCUGAGGUAGGGGGCACUAAAAUGAGUCUCUCAGGGGAGCCAGAGGCCAAAGGAAGAACCCUCAGCACUGAGAGAAACAGGGUGCACGUAGAAAGAGCAGGGUCACCUGUACCCAGCUGUCUGUCUAUGAAGAGUGAUCAAUCAAUGGAGCCUCCAAUCAUGUUCAGGGGAGAGUUCUCAGGUGAUCGAAGGGUGCACGUAGAAAGAGCAGGGUCACCUGUACCCAGCUGUCUGUCUAUGAAGAGUGAUCAAUCAAUGGAGCCUCCAAUCAUGUUCAGGGGAGAGUUCUCAGGUGAUCGAAGGCUGCACGUAGAAAGAGCAGGGUCACCAGUACCCAGCUGUCUGUCUAUGAAGAGUGAUCAAUCAAUGGAGCCUCCAAUCUUGUUCAGGGGAGAGUUCUCAGGUGAUCAAAGGGUGCACGUAGAAAGAGCAGGGUCACCUGUACCCAGCUGUCUGUCUAUGAAGAGUGAUCAAUCAAUGGAGCCUCCAAUCAUGUUCAGGGGAGAGUUCUCAGGUGAUCGAAGGGUGCACGUAGAAAGAGCAGGGUCACCUGUACCCAGCUGUCUGUCUAUGAAGAGUGAUCAAUCAAUGGAGCCUCCAAUCAUGUUCAGGGGAGAGUUCUCAGGUGAUCGAAGGGUGCACGUAGAAAGAGCAGGGUCACCUGUACCCAGCUGUCUGUCUAUGAAGAGUGAUCAAUCAAUGGAGCCUCCAAUCAUGUUCAGGGGAGAGUUCUCAGGUGAUCGAAGGCUGCACGUAGAAAGAGCAGGGUCACCUGUACCCAGCUGUCUGUCUAUGAAGAGUGAUCAAUCAAUGGAGCCUCCAAUCUUGUUCAGGGGAGAGUUCUCAGGUGAUCAAAGGGUACACCAGUCACUGGAGUCCAGGUGUUUAGAACAGACAAGUUCACCAAAACAGUAUCUCCUGCACACUCUGAAGAAGCUGAAGAAGGAUGAGAAGUUGAAACUGUUUCAGAGCCAUCUGAGUCAGGAUUGCCCAGAAUGCUUUCAGAGUCUGUCUGAAAUUCCUUCCGUGCUGGAUAAGUUUAUUAAAAUGAAGGAAUUGUUCAAGAGUCAUCAAAUUGCUGAUUACCCAGAAUGCACUGAGACCGAGCAGGACGAUCCUGAGGCCCUGUACAUAGCUGAGAAGAUGCUGGAGACCUGUGGCAGUGAGGGGUCUCUGAAGAUCACACUCCACAUCCUGAGGAACAUGAAGCAGAAGGAUCUCGCUGACUCACUGGAGAGAGAUGAGCAGUACAAUGAAUCCAUAAAAACAGCCCAGAAGGCAUUGAAAACUCAUCUGAAGAAGACGUUUGAAUGCAUAUUUGAAGGUUUAGCAAAGCAGGGCCACCCCCCAACCCCCCUCAAUAAAAUCUAUACAGAGCUCUACAUCACAGACGGGGGAAGUGGGGGGGUCAAUAAUGAACACGAGGUCAGACACAUUGAGACAGUAUCCAAGAGUGAAACCUCACAGGAGACUGCAAUCCUCUACAAUGACAUCUUUAAGCCUUUUCCUGGACAAGAGAAACCCAUCAGAACUGUGCUUACGAAGGGCAUCGCUGGCAUUGGGAAAACAGUCUCUGUGCAGAAGUUCAUUCUGGACUGGGCAGAAGGAAAAGCCAAUCAGGACAUUGAUUUCAUCUUCACUCUUCCUUUCCGAGAUCUGAAUUUGAAGAAGGAUAAAGCAUUCAGUCUGAUGCAACUUCUGCAGCACUACCUUCCACAACUGAAAGAGAUCAAAAGUAUUGAAGAUGAUGAAGUCAAAGUUGUGUUUAUCUUUGAUGGUCUGGAUGAGUGUAGACUUCCUCUAGAUUUCCAAAGCAAUAAGAACUGCUGUGAUAUAACAGAGUCAUCAUCAGUGGAUAUGCUGCUGACUAACCUCAUUAAGGGGAAUCUGCUUCCCACUGCUCUCCUCUGGAUCACUUCCCGACCAGCAGCAGCCAAUCAGAUCCCUCCUGAGUACGUCCACCAGGUGACAGAGGUACGAGGGUUCAGUGACCCACAGAAGGAGGAGUACUUCAGAAAGAGAAUCAGAGAUGAGAACCAGGCCAGCAGAAUUAUCUCACACAUAAAGUCAUCCAGGAGUCUCUACAUCAUGUGUCACAUACCAGUCUUCUGCUGGAUUUCUGCUACUGUUCUGGAGACAAUGUUGGGCAAAGUAGAGAGUGAAGAUCUGCCCAAAACUCUGACUGAAAUGUACACACACUUCCUGCUCAUUCAGACUAAUGUGAAGAAUGAGAAGUAUCAUGGCACCAAUGAGACAAACCUGAAGAUGUCAGAUAGAAAAAUCAUCUUAAACCUGGGGCAGCUGGCUUUUCAACAGCUGGAAAAUGGCAAUCUGAUAUUCUAUGAAGAGGACCUGAGAGAGAGUGGAAUCGAUGUCAGUGAAGCUUCAGUGUACUCUGGGGUGUGCACAGAGAUCUUUAAAGAGGAGUGUGGGUUGUAUCAGGAGAAGGUCUACUGCUUUGUGCAUCUGAGCAUUCAGGAGUAUCUGGCUGCCUUGUUUGUGUUUCAUGUAUGUGUAAAUGAGUGCCGAAAUGUACUCCAAGCAGAAGGGUCAACAAUUUGGAUAGGCAGAGUGCCGCUGUCUGAGUUACACAGGAGUGCAGUGGAUCAGGCCUUAAAGAGUAAGAAUGGACACCUGGACCUUUUCCUCCGAUUCCUUCUAGGCCUCUCUCUGGGCUCCAUUCAGACUGUCUUAGGAACACUGCUGAUGCAGUCAGGAAGCAGAUCACCUGUACAAGACCCACAGACAGAAAGCAGAUCACAGAGCAUUGAGAAAACAGUCCAGUACAUGAAGCAGAGGAUCAGAAAGGAGUCUUCAGCAGAGAGGACCAUCAAUCUGUUCCACUGUCUCAAUGAACUGAAUGACAGCUCUCUAGUGCAGGAAAUCCAGAAUACCCUGAGAUCAGGAAAACUUUCUGAUAAAGAGCUGAAACCAGACCAGUGUUCAGCUCUGGCCUUUGUGUUACUGAUGUCAGAGAAGAUCCUGGAUGAGUUUGACUUGAAGACCUACAACACAUCAAGAAACAGUUAUCAGAGACUGCUACCAGUUGUCAGGAACUGCAGGAAGGCCACACUGAGCAACUGGAACCUCCAGUUGCUGACAGAGCAGUCCUGUGAAACUGUGGCCUCAGCUCUCCAGUCACCAAAUUCACCCCUGAGAGAUCUGGACCUCAGAUACAAUGACCUGGGAGAUUCAGGAGUGGAGCUGCUCUCUGCUGGACUGAAGAGUCCAAACUGUGAACUACAGAGACUGGACCUCAGCUACAAUAACCUGGGAGAUUCAGGAGUCAAGCUGCUCUGUGCUGGACUGAUGAAACCAAACUGUACACUACAGAGACUGGACCUCAGCAACAAUAACCUGGGAGAUUCAGGAGUGGAGCUGCUCUGUGCUGGACUGAUGAGUCCAAACUGUAAACUACAGAGACUGGGGCUGGGUUGGUGUAAUCUCACAGAGGGCUGCUGUGAUGUUCUGGCCUCAGUCCUGCGUUCUCCUCACUCAGAGCUGAGAGAUCUGGAGCUCAGAGACAACGAGCUGCAGGAUUCAGGAGUGAGAGCGCUCUCUGCUGGACUGGAGGACCCACACUGUAAACUGCAGAGACUGGGGUUGUCAGGCUGUAGAGUCACACAGAGAGGCUGUGAUUCUCUGGCUUCAGCUCUGUGUACAAACCCCUCACACCUGAGAGAGCUGGACCUGAGAUACAAUCACCCAGGAGACUCAGGAGUGAGAGCG